AUGCGUGGUAGCGUUAUGCGUGGUAGCGUUAUGCGUGGUAGCGUUAUGCGUGGUAGCGAAGCCGAACAGUGCAGGGUGGCCCUUGGUGUAAUGGUUGCGGGUUUGUCUCUAUUACGAGCGUUGCUCGACGGUGGCGGUUCAAUGGAUUGCGAGAACGACCAAGUGAGUGUGAGAGGAUAUGCCUUUCUUUUAACGGGUCCGACGGAUUGGAAGUCAACGGAAAGGGAAUUGCGCGAUUCUGUCAUUCCGCAGCAGGGGUUGUACGGCUUCUCUUGGUCUUGGGCUUAUGACAUUCUUCUCAAUGAUUGGGAUCAUAUGAUCCCCUACGUAGUUAAACAAGAGUGGGAGCGGCAAGGUGGUUGUCGAACAGUUGCUACCCUUGCCCGAAUUGCUGCUAAGAUCGGACCAGGUCAAAUUCCUACCAUGUCCUAUUAUGAAUGUUCCUCUGAAGACCAUACGGAAAGAAUAGCGUUCACAGAAGAAGUGUUCGAAACAGUGUUCAGACGACAUUAUCAAAUCUGGUCUGACCAAUUUGGAUUUGACCAAUUUGCAAGAGAGUUUAAAGAGGCUUUAUUCCUCAGCAUGCGAGACCUGUUCAUUGACCGUCAAAUGGACGAAAGUGCUAUGGCAGAGACCAGUCAUGGACAAAAAAUUUUAUCGUGGCAGGAAUUAAGAUGCCGUCUUCUCUGCCGUCUUUGUGAACAUAUACGAACUUGGGGUCAAUGCAGCAGUCAUAUGGACGGUCACAGGGACCGUCACACGCACCGGAUUCCACCGGGGCUCAGCAGUUGGGUCCGGGCCAUGCGCUGUUCACGCCAACGCGACUUCGAUUCUGUCGAGAACCGGUUGUCGUGGAUGAAAUACGGAGAUCUCAUAUCAAGGAUGAGAGGGGGAGGAUACGGGUGCGGAAGUCGAGAGGACUAUUGGGUCGGUAAAGUGUGGGCGAAUGGAGUGACGCAUCUCCCGUGCUACUCAAUCCGUCUGUACGGUCCGGUGGGGUCAGAUGUGCACUUGGGUUCGCGUGCGUUCGAGUCCAGGGAUGCCCCCAAGCGUCAUGAAAUGAUUAUGGAAUAUUUUGAAGCGCAAGGUAAUAAGCUUAAACCUUGUAUUAUGGAAGUUGAUGAGAUUGUGGAUGAGAUAGCUACGGUAGGACUCAUACCAGAUUCCGACAAACUUUUGGUGACCCAGAUGGUUAUUGACUACUUGCUUAAGGACUGGACCCCCCCUUCAAACACCCCUUCCGUUGUCGUUUGUAGUGAGGUGCAGCCGAUUCGGAGGGCCGAAUCCCGUGGGCCGGCGUCUGCGAAAGACAAAUUACGGCGGCACAUUCGUGACGCUACCACUGCUGCGAAAUCCGAGGUGCUGAAGUCAGGCGUCGUGCCGGAUGAUAUUAGCGAAUUAGGGGUACCAUUUAGAAUCUCAAGAAAAUCUCCAGCGCCGCCGCUUCCUUUGUGUACGUUGAUGUGGGCCUACGACGUCCUCAAGUACGACUUGUUUCACGUACUACCUGUCAGGUACAUCCGUUCUGUGAAGCGUGUUCCCUCGGUGGUAGAAUUGGCCGGGUAUGCAGCGUCCAAGCUACCUUGCCGUGGUCAGCCUACGUAUCCGCUGCAUUCCUACCCACCUGUGCUGUACAACAACACUCAAGAAGUCACAAACUUUCGCGCGUGGGCAGACGACGCUAUUGCACGUCGGCUCCGGUUACGUAGAAUGCAGCGACGUCGGCUCUACUUGCCAUCCAAUCGUGAGGUUUGGAGUGCCAUCAAAACAAAAUGGGCGGAUAACCUUCUAGAAGAGUGCUGGGACAAAGCCAGUGUCUUAGGUACGGAAGAGGAGCUGGUUUCUGAAUCCGUUUUCUUCGCCACGGUUUAUUCUCACGUGUGCGAAGUUCUGCGGUCAGAGUAG